AUGGUCGCAUGUCUUUCCGCUGCAGCCACCGUCUCAAGGCAGGCCACAAUCACUCUCGCCCGGCGCAUAUCAAGUGCACCAUGGACUCUCUCCCGGACCCUCAAGGCUACUAUUCAUACAAAGACUACCAACGGACAACCCCUUGGAUCAAUAUCCACCAGCGGCAGGAUAUCACAGCUUUCGGGAUACCAUAAUUUCGUCCGAUCGACGCCCCUCAUCCUCACAGGAGACACCUACACCCACGAUCAAUUAUCUCACAGCCAUCAAGGAUUCUCAACAUCCUCCCUCGCCUUCAACAAAAAACCAUCCUCCUCCUCCGCUUCAUCGCCAGAGUUCUUGUUCCAAAACCCAAUGCUGAACAAGAUGAAACCCAAACUCCAAUCCAUGAAAGACCUCCACGACAAGAUCCUCAAAGAAAUCAACGGCACCUCCACUUCAUCCGCCGACGACCUCUCCCCUACAAAAUUUGCAGAACUGACAAAACAACUCCACGACCUCUCCCUCAUCACCGACAAGUACUCCGAGAUUGAAUCUCAAAUCCGGGACCUCUUCUCUCUCCAACAAAUGCUCGAUGAUCCGCUGACGAACGAAGAUAAGGAUCUCUUGGAGAUGACGCAGGAUGAGAUCAAGACGACGACGGAGGCGAUUAUCGAUGGGGAGAAUGAGUUAUUGCUGGCGAUGGUGCCCAAGGAUUUGGCGGAUGAGGGUAAUGCGUUGUUGGAGAUCCGGGCGGGUACGGGUGGAGAUGAGGCCGGGUUGUUUGCGGCGGAUAUCUUGAGGAUGUAUGAGCGCUUUGUGGAACGCCAGCGGUGGAGGUGGGAGGAGAUCUCCAAGACCCAUGACGGACUUGGUGCUAUCAAGGACGCGACGAUAGCAAUCACAGGAAACAACGUCUUCGGCCACCUAAAAUACGAAUCAGGCGUCCACCGCGUCCAACGCGUCCCCGCCACAGAAACCCAAGGCCGCAUCCACACCUCCACAAUCACUGUCGCAAUCAUGCCCCAACCCACAGAAGUCCAAGUCCAAAUCGCCGACGCUGACGUCCGCGUCGACGUCUUCCGGGCUUCGGGUGCAGGAGGACAGAAGGUUAAUACGACGGAUUCUGCAAUUCGAUUGACGCACUUGCCAACGGGAAUCGUAGUCGCUAUUCAGGAUGAGCGGUCGAAUCAGAAGAACAGGGCGAAAGCGUUUACGAUUUUGAGGGCCAAGUUGUAUGAGAGGGAAAGGGAGAAACUGGCGUUGGAGAGGAGAGAUUCGAGGAGGGCACAGGUUGGUGGUGGGUCGAGGUCUGAGAAGAUCCGUACCUACAACUUCCCUCAGAACCGUGUGACGGACCAUAGAAUCAACAAGACGUUGCACGAGCUCGAAUCUGUCCUUGACGGCGCCGCAUUACCAGAGUUCAUUCAGGCCCUUCGCGUCGAGGAGCAGACAGACCUCUUGAUGGCCAUGAACGACGAAAUCUCCUAA